AUGUCGUCCAGAACAUCGCGCGGUGCCCCUCCUUCGGGCAGCUCCUCUGCGGCACCCCCCUCCAGCGGUCGUUCCAACGAGUACUUCGUCCCACGAGAUGGUAUUGAUCGCGAGGUCAUCACGGCAGACAUCUGCCGCUACCUCGGAAACGAUGCUUUGGUGCGACCCGGUCACUACGAGAACCCUCAAACCGGCCAAGUGGUUCAAGGCUACUACAUCACCGCGUACCGGAACCUAACAACAGCUAUGAUUGAUGAUCUCAAGGCCGACUCUGCGCGUUGGGAGGCAGAGAGGCGGCAGCAGGCCGCCCGGAACACCCAAGGAGCAGGGUACCGCCAGUCGGAGACUCAUUCCGCGCGCCAACACUAUGGCCCCACGGAUCCCGCUGGCUACCCGGACGUAGGACGUGACUCCUAUGAAAACACACCCAGAUACCCAGGUUCUCAAGCCCCAGGAUACUCGGGAAAUGCCGCACAGAGCUACUCUGGAUCAUCUGCUGCUGGUUACUCCCAACAGGCUCCGUCUCCUUAUUCUUCAAGUGCUGGGUACUCCUACCCAUCGGGAGGUUCUGCUUUCUCUCCCCAGCCGGACCCGAGAGAUCCCAGAUACUCUGGAACUCCCCAGUACGGGGGAGAGCCGUACACUGCCGUCAACGCGAACAUGGCCGCUUCGCGCAACUUUGACUCCUAUGGUUCCUCUGGACAGCCCGCAAGGAUUCCCACCACUAUGGCUCCUCAGUCGGGACAGACUUACAUUCCAUCCGGAUCUCAAGCUCAGGCAGGUUACCCCUCCGGCUACUACCCGCCGUCAUCGCAGGCGCCCUACGGAGCUGCGCCAGUAUCCCAAGAUCCGUUGUAUGGACGCGCGUCCCCAGCAGGUGCCGCUCACCCUUCGUCGUACAGCUCAGGCCAAGGAUCACAGUAUGAUACAACCCCAACCCCCCGCGCUUCGGCUACUCCUUCGAAUUCCAAUGCUCAGAUGGGAAACAGUGGAUCAUCCUCGUCGCACUCCCGCCGCAGUGAGAGGGACUCCGACAGGCAUCACACAUCCGACCGCCACCGCCCUCCGCGCCGCUAA